UUUUCUGCAGCAACAUGACAUGCAAGGUAUUUUCAUUUGCCGAUUUCUCGUUUGCGCGAAGAGUUAUAUUUUUUUGCAAUGAACAUAUGGUAGAGAAGUAUUGAAAGAACAAUCUGAUCGACGCAAUACAUUAUUUGCUGUAUGGUAACAACAAUAGCAUUGAAUAUUUUAGUCGAUAUCCCUGUAGUCUUUUGACGGGAACAGAUGGGGGAACUGGGUCACAGCCUCGUUUUCGCCCCUAUGGAUGACUUCGUGAGAAACCAUCGUGUGUAAAGACGGACGAAGGAUAUCUUUGUCAGCAUGAUCACGUUGUUGGCGAAGGAAGCUUGUUUUCAGACACUAUUGGUUUCAGACUUAUAGACCAGUUUCUUGUUACUGUCAUCAGUGUAAAUUGUAUAGUAAAUCGAGCCCGAUUUUCAGUGAAUAUUGAUAUGUUUUCUUCACAUCAUUGAAACCAACGUGUGUUUUUAUGUGUAUCGACUCAUCAUAACCUAGCAAAUUAUUGUUCACGUGCUUGAGAGUAAGACAGAUGGUUCGUUGUAGAGACAUGCCGUGAACUUCCCGUUAUAAGUUGACAGUAUAUUUGAAAGCUAAUUUGAUGAGUUUAUGUGGAUAAAAUCAAUACUGGUCCUCUUGAAUGAUGAACAAUGAUGUGAUGAACCAAUAUAUUUUACCUGCUGUACAUGGCAUGUAGGCUGAUAUUGUUUAUUUUGUUAUCGCGUCAAGUGACACCAUUCAAAAUAAUCUGAUGUCCGAGCUAGAUGACGUGUUAAAGAACAUUUUUCCGGACUUCAUGUAAACAAUGUAAUAACUGGCUGGUGUAUUUGCCUCUUCAAUUUGUGAUAUUUUUUGUUUUAACAUUAUUAUCAUGAGUUUGCUCUCCCUAAAAUAUGCUUUGAGAUUAUAAAGGGAAACGCAACACAUCAAUGCAAGCGGAUUUUUCAUGGUUUCAAUAAAAGCGACAUUUUGUGAUGAGUCGGAAAUCCAACCGUCAAGCACCACCAUCACGAGAUAAUUCUGCUACAGCACAUCGUCUAGCCGACUACCUUGGAGAAACUUCUACGCCUCUUGCAGGACACGGUAUUUCUUCACCUCAGGGUGGAUCUUUUGAACAAGUAGACUACAACAGUACAUUUAAACCCUCUAACUCUGUAUCUAGCACUAUGGGUGACAGUCCAGAUGGAACAGAGGAAAUCAACAUAGAUGAUCCUCCAAUUGACUCUGGAAAGGAGAAGAAAGGCAGUCUUGGUACCAUUCCUGUAGAUCCUACAAGACCAAAGAUGGUAACAGUUAAAAACCCUGGCCAAAACCGUGCCAAACCCACUAUGCCAGGAAAGAAAUCCUCACUCAAGGCAGACCUGGAUGUUGCAAAAGAAUUUAAGAAGUGUAAAGAAGAUGAAUCUACAAGGCUUGAUUUAAGUAAAUCACAGAUAACUAUUAUUCCAAGUUCUGUGAAAGAGCUAAUUCUGCUCCAAGAGUUCUACCUGUAUGGAAACAAGCUAGGUACUUUGCCAGCAGAGAUUGGUUACUUAACUAACCUGCAAAAACUUGGUUUGAGUGAGAACUCGCUCACUACACUUCCGGACUCUCUACAGAACCUCAAGUUCCUGAAGGUGCUUGAUCUGAGACACAAUCGACUCAACGAGAUCCCUGAGGUUGUGUACCAGUUGCGAUCUUUGACAACACUCUUUCUGAGAUUCAAUAGAAUAAGACAAGUGGAUGAGGAUAUCAGUAAUUUAACAAAAUUAACAAUUUUCAGUUUAAGAGAAAACAAAAUUCCCAAAUUACCAAGAGGUAUAGGAAAGUUGGUGAACUUGGUGACAUUUGAUAUUUCUCACAACCACCUGGAGCACCUACCCGAGGAAAUAGGUAACUGUGUCAUGCUGUGUUCCCUUGACCUCCAACAUAAUGAGCUUUUGGACAUACCCGAAUCCAUAGGAAACCUGAAGUCUUUAUCCCGAUUAGGCUUAAGGUAUAAUAGAUUGACAAGUAUUCCUAAAACAUUAGCACACUGUGUUCUUAUGGAAGAGUUCAAUGUGGAGGGGAAUAACAUAUCACAAUUACCGGAAGGUCUGCUGUCCAGUCUGACAAACCUGACCAGUAUCACAUUGUCGAGGAAUGCAUUUCAGUCUUAUCCCACAGGGGGUCCUGCUCAGUUCUGUUCAGUUUAUUCUAUAAACAUGGAACACAAUCAGAUCAACAAGAUUCCUCUGGGGAUAUUUUCUCGGGCACAGAGUCUUACGAAACUCAACAUGAAGGACAACCAUCUCACUUUCUUGCCACUGGACAUUGGAAGCUGGGUAAAUAUGGUGGAAUUGAAUUUAGGAACCAACCAACUGACCCGCAUCCCAGACGACAUCCAGAACCUCGAGAAGUUGGAAGUUUUAAUUCUUAGUAAUAAUUUGUUACGGAGGUUACCUCCUAGCAUAGGUAAUUUGAAAAAGUUACGAGUGCUGGAUCUGGAGGAGAAUAAAUUGGAGUCUCUACCUCAUGAAAUUGGUCAGUUACGAGAGCUAACGAGACUAGUAGUUCAAUCCAACCAACUCACAAGCCUUCCUCGAGCUGUUGGGAUGCUGAGUAAGUUGGAGUAUCUUGGUGCUGGAGAAAAUAAUCUCACAUCUCUACCUGCUGAAAUAGGUACAUUGGAGAACCUAGAGUCGCUGUAUAUCAACGAUAAUCCAGAUCUCCACAGUCUGCCAUAUGAGCUUGUAUUGUGUAGUCACCUACAGAUCAUGAGCAUAGAAAAUUGUCCACUUAGUCAGAUUGCUCCCGAGAUUGUCGCCAAAGGACCGUCGUUAGUAAUACAGUAUUUGAGAAUCCAAAGUCCAUACAAUCCAAUGUGAAGGAGAAAGGACAUGGAGACUUGAUGGAGUAGUGAUAAAUCUUCUGUGAUCUUAAACGUCUGUUUUCCCUGCUUUACUUCUGGGAUUCCACAAAGCAGAGUUAUUUAUGUCGGGUUGCUGCAAGAGACUUAUAAACUGACUGCACAUAUUUAUAAAAAUGAAAUCGUGCAACAAUGAUUUUUAAAAGUUACAUGCAGGAUUACUCUAUAGACCAACAAGAAUUCAAUUUUUAUUAAUUCGCGGGUAUAUAUAUAUAUUAUAUACUGGUUAAAGAAUGUGCUUCUUGCAAACAGUGAUGCUGUUCUUUGCAUUUCGGAUUUUGUGUUGUGCCUGGGAAGAGAUUAGAAAAAGGUUUUCAGCAGAAUGGAGAUGUACAAAUGUGCCAAAUGUGUUGGAUGGAGGUGAUAGACCAUGGUGAUUCUCCGAUGAACCUCCGUAAUGCUGAGAGUGCUAAAGACACUUGUAUUACAUGUGGAGGAAUUCGAAUGGAAUGUUUUCUAUGAGUGUAGAGAUGCAGGAUACAGCAUUCAGGCACAAAUGCCAGAACAACAUUUGCUUGAGACAAUAAAAACAGACAAGGCUUGUUCAUUGUUAGCAAACACUGUACACUAAAAUGUGUGUUUUAAUCACAAAGGAUAUUUCUCCAUGGUGAUUAUAUAUUUCUUUUAAUCAUGCGAUGCUGCAAAGUGGUGUUCUUUGCUUUGUAUUAGCCCUCGUUUCCAUGGCCCGGUCUAAAUUGCUUUACUGUGGCAACUCAAUAUUGAUGUUGCCCACAUAACGAUUAAAGCCAGAUCAAUCUGGUCAGUUUGUCUCCCUAUGUAUAGUGAUUCACUGUUGGUCAACCAUGCCGUCUCACAGGUCGAAAGUUGAUUCCAGGUAUAGACGAAAUUGUUCACAGCUUUGCCCUAGGCCUCUUGUUCUAUACAUCCUUACAUUUUGAGAUGUUAAUUCACAAGGAUAGUCCAUAUAACAAAUUAAAGUGUCUGUAGUCCAGACAUAGUUAAGUAAUAGAUAUAUAGUUAUUGUCCUUGCGAAUUUGCCAUCUGAAGAAUAAUCAUGAAAAAUACAUAAUACAAUUUACUGUGAUGUUCCUAUAUAAUAUGAGCUGUGUUGUUAAACUGUGUACUUGAGAUUUGUUUAGAAGCCUAUCCAUGUUUGAGUAGAUUUAAAUCAGUUGUAUGCUAUAGAAGGCUCGGCCUGUUCAGUAUCUUUAGCGAAACUAGGUUGAAUAAGACGACAGUUUUUACACUCACAGUUGAAAGGCAUCGUAGACUAAAAUGAAUAAAGAUAAUAAUUUGUUCAAACAAGUGUUUUUUCGAAAGAGGAGCAAAUUGUUUGGUCACAUUUGUCAGAUUAUAUAUUAUCAGUUUCAAUUUAUUUAUUGGUAUACAUGUGGAAUCAUUUUUAUCAAUUUUGUGAAGUUUUAUGGGAAUCAAGAGAAGGAUUAUGCUGGCAUAUAAAAUCAGGGUACAGUUACUUCUCUGUGUUGAUAUUCAAUAUCUUUCUACACACAACCACAUCACCAAACUUUGUGAUGCAGGUUUUGAUUGAUGACAUUACUCUGGUCCAGUCAAAAAAUAUCUCUUUUAUAAGUACAUGUACAAGAAAUAUUUGACUUUUGUUGGUCUAAGAAAUAUUGAUAUUGUUAGUCCAAGAAAUAUAAUUUACUUUGUUGGUCAAAAAAAUAUAUCUUGAAUUUCUUUUGUUGUGAAAAAUUGUGCAUUUUCUCUGUCCUGUCAUGUGUAAUACUAUAAACCCAGACUUCAUCUACACCAGACCUUACUUUAGUAUUAACAUGCCAGGCACUGGUACAAAAAUAUCUUGCAUGAUGUUUUGGCCUUAUAUUAUAAGACUUUUUCUUAUCUGGUCCAUAUAACUAGUACUGUUGCAGUUCAUAGUGUAACCUGACAAGGUGAUUUGACCUUGGUAAUGGUAAAGGUAGGUUUAUUAAUUGUAUUUUAUCAUAAAAUGGCCAUCAGUCUCAUCAGAGAUAGGUACUAAAUAAACUAAAGUAUUACCAAAUUUUCACUUGGACUGUACUUUGCAAGAAUUUUGCCAGAAAUUAACCUGAACUGCUUAAUUUGGUUUAAUGAAACAGGUUUAAUAUUUAUUUAUAAUACUGGGUAUAUGAUUCCCACAAAGCUUGGUGUGUAUAUCCUAUAUCUAUCACAUUGAAUUACAAUUGGAUCUAUUUGAUCAUAUUUUAAUUGGGCCAGUACAGUAAGGGUAAUUGUGAUAUAUGAUAUAUUGUCCCUUUUCUGUACAAACUUGUUUUAGUAUUCCUACGUAUACAUACCCCUCCAAUGAAGGAGGGAGACAUACUGCAAUUAGCUUGAGUGUCUGUCCUGUACAUGUAUCUGUACAUGUCUCUCCAUAAAAGAUUUCGUCUCGAUCCUACAUAUCCUGUUACCUUGUGAACCAAUUUAAAUGAAACUACAUGUACACAGGAAUACUAAGGACCACGUGCAGAUGUAUGCAAAAAUGUUUUGUUUUUUUAGGAAAUUUUGGUUGCCAUGGUAAACUAGUCACAACAUACACUGUAUAAAGCCUAUAGCUCAUUAGUCAUUUGAUCUUUUUUUAAAGCUUGGUCAUAUGAUUUAAUUGUAUAACAUUAGUGUGUUAUGAUUAUAUCAAAGUUUAUCCACAUUGCCUGUUUUCCUCAAUUAUUAUGAACAUUUCUAUUAUUUUAGUUUGGUAGCUUAUCUGAUUUCCAUUAAUUCAUUUGGUUUGCAAUAUUAAUUGCUGAUAUAAUUUGAAAUAAAGGUAACUCUUCCUCACAAUUUGUUUUAUACAAGCUAUGUAUUGCAAAUUGGGUUGAUAUACAUGGAUGAAUUGUUAGCCAUUGACUUACAGAUCUAGGUUUUACUGAGAAUAAGCUCAUCCAUAAUUGAUAUAUAAGUAUUAAAUGAAAUAACAAAACCUGACACUACACUUUCUCCAAAAUAGCACUGUAUUUUGUAAAGAUUGAAAUAAACAAGUGAUAUUAUAGUGACAUUACCAUAGUAUAUUUAACUGAUUUCAAAGGUUGAUAAAAUUUAACAUUUUACUACACCAUGUGAUGAUAUAAGUGUUUAUGAGAACAAUGAUAUAUUGAUACGUAACAAUGGAAUGAGAUAAACUCUUGAAGUCUGAUUCAUACUGAAACUAAAAUACUUUUUUUUGCAUACAAAAGUCUUUAACUUCCCAAUCAAUGUUUUUUUCUUGUCCUUUUUUGAGAAAUCAGGACAUCCAGAUAACACACUAUGAACUGUGUAUUAGAUAUACAGUAUAAUAGUCUAACAGUGGGAUAACUUGCCAUCAAGAUUUCAGGUUAAUCUGGAAUAUUUUAACUCCCAGUAAGACAAUUUUCAGACAAAAAAUAUUGUCCUUGAGUAAGUAAGCCAUUAUACUGCUAGUCUAUGCUUAAAUCUAGUCUUCAACUUUAGGAAUAAGUGUCAAAUCCUAGCUAGGUCCAAAGAUCACACCUGUACUCCUUACGUGUUUUUCUGUUCACAUACAGUGUAACAAAUGUCAGGAAAUAUAGGUUUUGAUAGUAGAAUAAAAUCUAUCAUUUUUCCAACAUUUCACUUCACACAUUUAAUGUGUUCUCUAAUCAAAUUUCCUUUGCUAUCAUAUAUAAUACAUUGGUAAUUAAAUCUUCAUUUUCAAUUUUUUGGUUUUAUUUGAUGUAUUAUUGUACAGUAUCUAAAUGUUUUUUUUAUUAUAAUUAGAUCUUACGUAGAUCUGUUUUAAACAUUUGAUUUAAAUGACUCCUCAAAUGAAGAGAAAUAUAUUCCUGAUAUUAUUUUUGGCAGUUAAGAGUCGUGUUAAAAAGUUCAAGGUCAUGUUAAAAAGUCAUUACAUCUAUGUGUGUUUGGUUUUAUUUCCAUUUGUAACAGUUAUAACUGUAACACACAUCCUUUCUACUGUUAACUCACUCUAUCCUGCGCGCCCCACUUAAAACGCACGCCAGCACAUAUUACUCAAACUCACUCUCCUGCCCCACUUAAAACACACGCCAGCACAUAUUACUGCUAACUCACUCUAGCCUGCCUAUUACUGCUAACUCACUCUAGCCUGCCUAUUACUGCUAACUCACUCUAGCCUGCCUAUUACUGCUAACUCACUCUAGCCUGCCUAUUACUGCUAACUCACUCUAGCCUGCCUAUUACUGCUAACUCACUCUAGCCCGCCCCACUUAAAACAAAUACUCUCACUACUCAUUAACUCACUCUACUGUCACCCCACUUAAAAACACACCCUCCCUUUUCCUAACUCCACUCCCACUCAAAAUAACACACACUCACUACUCCUAGCUCAACCCUCACCCCACUUAAAUCACACGCCCUCACUACUCUCAACUCUACCCUCACCCCACUUAAAUCAUGAACCCUCACUACUCCUAACUCUAACCUCACCCCACUUAAAACACACGCCCUCACUACUCUCAACUCUAACCUCACCCCACUUAAAUCACACGCCCUCACUACUCUCAACUCUAACCUCACCCCACUUAAAUCACAGGCCCUCACUACUCUCAACUCUAACCUCACCCCACUUAAAUCACAGGCCCUCACUACUCUCAACUCUAACCUCACCCCACUUAAAUCACACGCCCUCACUACUCUCAACUCUAACCUCACCCCACUUAAAUCACACGCCCUCACUACUCUCAACUCUAACCUCACCCCACUUAAAACACACGCCCUCACUACUCUCAACUCUAACCUCACCCCACUUAAAUCACACGCCCUCACUACUCUCAACUCUAACCUCACCCCACUUAAAUCACACGCCCUCACUACUCUCAACUCUAACCUCACCCCACUUAAAUCACAGGCCCUCACUACUCUCAACUCUAACCUCACCCCACUUAAAUCACGCACCCUCGCUACUCCUAACUCUAACCUCACCCCACUUAAAUCACACGCCCUCACUACUCUCAACUCUAACCUCACCCCACUUAAAAACACGCCCUCACUACUCUCAACUCUACCCUCACCCCAUUUAAAAAAUACACUGAUCUCAUAUUUCUGGUAUUAGUACAGUGUACUGCUGGAAAACCUUAAUUAUAAAACCAUUAUUGAUAAUAACUACUUUCAUGGAAAAUGACCAAGUGUAUCACUAUCACUGCCUACCUUCAUUAAUAUCAUGUAAUUUUUCAUCUAGAGUCAAAAUUGACCACCCAAAUAGGAAAACUUAAUAAUUAUAAAUGUUCAUACUUAUAUCAGAAACAAGAUAAUAGUUACAUUUGAUACUAUUAUGUAAUGUACCUUAAUUCCUGGAUAAUUUGAAUUACUGGUAUCAUCACCCUUUUAAAAUUAAUUCAGAAAGGGACAAUACUUUAUCCUAACCUUUGUUAUUUAAAAGUUUUUCUUGUAUGUAAUACAUAUUUUCUUUUCUGUGUUGUGUCCCCUAGUAAAGUCAGUAUAGUUUUAUCAAUACAGCUGUACUUGUUUUGUCUGAUUUCGCCAAAGAUUCAUGCAUUAUUAAUAUUAUAACUAUAUUCUACAAGCCAUAAGAUGGUGUUAAAUAAUGAUCACUGAUUGUUACACUGCACAAGUCUUUUGUCUGAUUUUGUAUGACUAUUUUUUUUAUGUUUUGUUAAAAAAAUAUAUAUAAUAAAAGUUUUUCCUCAGCAUUUAUCAAAGACUUACCAGUAUAAUGUCUAUUGGAGAAAUUUUCACCCAGUCAAAUAUAUUAUCACUUCAUUUGUUAAUCAUUGAAGUGUCGAUCUUAUCUUUCACAGUAGCAUUGUACUAUAUACAGAAAAGUAUAGGUAAUAAAAGGGUGAUGUAUGCAGUGAAUAUUCAGGUAUUUUCCACCUGGUCACCAUGACAGAUGAGUACAAUAACAGGAAUGUUGACUACACACUUCCAUAUAGGUAUUCAGCUUAAGUUACUUUUGUGCGAGAUUGUUUAAAAAAUAAUCAGCUCUGUUGUUUUUAGAGAAAGAGUAAAAGCAGGUAUGGUAUAUUUUGUAUAUGAUUUAAACCUGUCCAGUAAUUAAUCAAUUAUUUGAUAUCAUCUUUACCUGUUAAUGCAAUGUAGGUAUGUCUAUCUUCAAAUGUAUUUACUGCUAAAUGUUUAUUUAUGAAUGAAAUUGAAGCACAAGGGUGAAAAUAUCUUACAUUAUAUUUUCUUUUAUGGAGGGAGGAGGGAGUAGAUUCUUGAUAGAAAAAGCUGUUUAUUUUCAGAUUUUCUCUGCAUUUUCUUCUCAGUUUAGAUUGAUCAUUGGUUGAACCUGUAUCAAUGUUUUUACUUUGUAAGUCUAUUAUACUGAUGUAAUCAAAUACGAUCUGUGAGAAACAAAAGAUACAUUCUACAAAAUAAACUGGAUGAGAUUUUCACCAUUGAUGAAAGUGAUGUUUUAGAUGUAUUGGUACAAAAAACUCUGUUUAUAUAGAGAGGAAACAAAUUGAGAUUUUAUUUUUAUGGCAGACCAAGUUAGCUACAUGUAUCAUUUUUUUCCAGAUUUUGUCAACCUUGAGAUUUACUGCUAGCCUACCAGGAAAUGUAAAUAAAGGAUGCUUUAAAAUGUGUGAACUGUUUGAUAAGGAUUAUUUUGACUUUCUUCUUUACUCCCAGAAAACGACAUACUGAAAGGCUAUGUAAAUAGUAAAUAGUACCGGUGUAGUUGAAUAUGUCUGGUUAUGCAGACAGACAUGACAGAUAAUUGAAAAGUAAGAUAUGCAACUUUCUACUGUACAGUGUUUAACCUUAUAAGGAAGCUACCGAAAUUCCAACUAGACAUAUAUGAUAUAAGGUAGCAUAUAUCCUUCAAUGUCAUUCUAGAAAAUCUUUCUUCAUUUUGAAUGGGAUGAAAAACAUGUUCAAAUCUCGGGAGAUUUUUUGACAGUAUUUAAAAUCAUCCCAUCUAAAUAAAAACUGAAGUGUAUACCAAUAGUCCAUGCUGUUCAAUAUGUAAAAUGAAUGAUGUUAUUAUAUCAUAGCAAAAAAAUAAAUUUAGGCAAUUAUGCAUAUUUGGAUAGUAAGACUCUGAUGGUGAAAAUAUGGAGACUCCUGCUAGUUUCAUCUAAUUUUGUGGCUUAUUUUUGGAACUGGCUUAUUUUGAAGGAAUUUACCUGUGGAGUGUUGCUGUAUUUUUUGUUUUAUCUUUUUAUUUUUUUUUUUUUAAUGCAGAGUUGUCUCCACUUACUUAAUGUUCCAAGUUAAAAGGCCAUCACACUUUAACAACUCGUGCUUUCUGUGUAAAUAUGCACUCAUUAAAGUAGAUUGAGAAUUAUAAAGUUAAACAUAGUAUAAACUGUGACCAGAUGUCAGGAUACAGUCUAUAUAAAUACAUAGUGUGUGACAGAAAGAUAGAAUGUUCUUUGCUAAUUUUAAUCUGAAACAAAGGACAUUAACAUUUCAGUUCCAUUACCAGCUUUCAAAAACACGGACACAAUCUCAAAGUUCAAGACCUAGAACAAGAUAAUUUGUCACAAAGUUUUUGAUAUAAGAGGGUGUUUUUCAAUCAGAACAUACUGAACUGUUGCCAGUUUGCUGUUUAUGAAUUGACUAGUUGCGAGGCUUCAUCGGGACAAUUUUUCAUUUGAUUCUACCCCAAUUAAAAUGGGGCCUAAGUUGGCAAAGGUAAGUUACGUAGUAUAUAUAUAUAUAUAAACAAUUGCCAAUGGCAGAUAAGCCAAUAUCUACAAAUAUAUAACGACUGCUAGCAUGUAUAUUGCGAUUUUUAUUGCGUUUUUAAUAAAUGCAAGGUACUUUUCCCUACCAAGAAUCCAUGAAAUGAUUUUCUUGAGACCACAUUACUUUUCCAAGAUUUUAGGGUAUCUUUAUCAAAGAAGAGAGUUCUCAAUAUGGACUUGAUAUUGGUAAACCUUGACACAGUAACAGUUUAUAUCUUUUGUUAUGAACAAUGCAUUUGUAUUGUACAUGUGUUGUAAUAUGUACUUGUUUGCAUUUCAUUAGUUUUAAUGUCAGCCAUUGUGUUAUACGCAUCACACAAGGAAAAAAUAUAUAACAAAACUUAUAUUUCAUAUAUUUUGACAGCCAAAUUUCAUAGAACAACAGUUUGAAAACAACAUACAGAAAAAUGUGACACAAAGAAACAAAAACAAGUUGCUGAAGUUGGUUACAAACCUGAAUUAAAUUGCAUAUAGGAAUUAAUUUCACUUAUUAACAAUAAGUUACAUUCUGCAAGCAACAUCAGAAGGAUUGACGCUACAUUAUGUUUUUUUUUUCGUUUAUGCUCCAUUUGUUAAUACUUUUGGGAUACAUAUACCAAUAUGCACCCAUUGAUAUCGAUAUAGAGGUGUCUUGAUAAUGUAUUGAAACAGGGAAGAUUACUCAAGCUGCAUAUAAUUGAUAUAGUAUUAAGUAGUAUAUGUGUAUGUCUUUUUAAGAUGGGAUAGUGACCCAAUUUAUAUUGUAUUUCUGUAUUUUUGUUAUAAAAUAAUGAUAAUAGGAAAAAAUAACGGAGAAAUAUCAGCUAAGUGUUGUCCUAAACACAAUGUAUGUGAAAUUCUCCACGAAAGAGAAGUCUGUACUUUUUAUUUCUGAAAAUAUUUCUGGUUGCAAGAUCAGAGUAUGAAUACUAUCUACAAUGCAAAAACAUUUCAGUUAGUUCGACCAUAACUUUAACAGUGGAAAACGUUUCUGAUUGCUAGACCAGAGUUCUGAGUAAAUGUUUGUGACUCAAAAUAUUCCUAUUGGCGAGACAAAUUGGAAUAGACAAUGUCUAUAGAUUAGAAAUGCUUCUAAUAACUUGACUGAGGUAUGAACUUGUUCUAUAGACUAAAGAUGGCUAGACCAGAGUGAUGUUUUCAUCAGCAGAACUAUCUGGGAAAUCAUUGAUCAAACUGUCGGGGUUUUCUCAGUGAAAUGAAAACAUGCUUUAUAUGUUAAUAUCUUAAUACAAGUCUUAAUUUAUUGAUACCAAAAGGAUUUAUUUUUCUUUCCUGCGCAUUUAUUUUGUCAGUAUCGUUCAAUGAUUUUCUUUUUGCUAGAAAUGUUUGAAGUUUCAUUUCACCAGACAGGUACUGACAUUUGUAUUGAUAUCUCGUCAUACUUAACAUGCCAACAGUUUUAACAUUAAAAAAUAGCUGGCAUCCCUAAACUUUCCGUGAAAUAUUGGCGUGUGAUUAUCAAUGGAACAGUACUAUAGUAUUUAUUGUUAUUUUUGUAUGCAGGAAAUAAAUUCAGCAUGUAACUGCAUCAUUUUCAUUGUUAUUAAACAUUUGAAACUCAA